GCGGACGUCUCCAGCGAACGGCUGGUGAGGACCGGGAAGUGGGGCAACGCCUUGGUGCGCGCCCGGGCAGGCCCGAGAGUGGCCGGCCCGGCGCCCAGCGACACGGCAAACAACCAGCCGGCAGAGCCGGCCAAGCAUGUGAGGGAAAGGGAGAACCGAGAGUGCAUAGGGGGCAUGCGCGACCCCGCGAGGGCCGUGGCGCGCAUGCCCCUGCUGCAAGAAGCGGGGAGGAGGGUCCGUGGCGCCCUCGAGUGCUUCCUGGAGAAGCAUUGCUGGGUCGUCCGUGCCCUGCUGGAAGGCGGGGCCGACGGCUGGCGCCGAGUGGAGGCCCGAGUGGGGCAGGAGUUGGCGGUUGCUCUAGGGGAGGCGUUGGGGGCGGAAUCCACGGGCCGAAGCCGGCGCUCGGCGUGGCGGCCCGGCCUCGUGCGGGCCUUCGUCCGGGCGGCCAGGGAUCCCGAAAUCCACUUGGCCGACUGGCUCGAGCAUGGGGCUCCGACGAGCGUAUCUCUAGAGAUCCCGUCUGCCGGGGUGUUCCCGAGAGUGGAAACUACCGGCGCGGCCCACCACGAGUUGCGAAAGCAUUGUGCGUUGGUGGAGCCCGGGGGGAAUUACGCCAGCGUGGAGGAGAACGAGGGCGCCGUCCGGGAAGAGAUACGGCGCCUCGCGGGAAAGGGCUUCGUCACGAGGUACUCCUCGUGGGAGGCGCUCCUGGCACGGUUCCCGGACGUGAUCGUGUCGAAGAUGGCGGCCGUGGUCAAGGCCCGCCCGGACGGGUCGCAGAAAGUGCGGCUAAUAAUCGACAUGCUCCGCAGCAGGGUGAACGAGCACGUAAAGAUGUCGGAGCGCAUUGUGUUGCCGCGCCUGCUGGACGUGCUCAAAGACCUCAUGUCCCUUAUGGAGGCGCCCAGCGCGAGAGACGUUGGCGUCGACAUGAUGGUCCUGGACUGGGAGGACGCGUUCCACUCCGUGGGCGUGCGAUCGGAGGAGCUACCGCACCAGAUCGUGCGCGGCUUCGAGGGGGAGUUCGUCGGGUACGAGACAAUCCUCUUCGGCGGCGGCGGUUCGCCGCUCGUGUGGGGGAGGACCGCGGCGUUCCUCGGCCGCUCGGGGCAGGCGCUGUUCUCGCGGCAGGAGGCGCGUAUACAGGUGUACGUGGACGACCCUUGGACCGCGUGGCUCGGCAACUCGGCCCAGAGGGCCCGCAACAAGGUGAUCCUGCUCCUGUGGUGGCUCACGGUGGGCCCGCCAGUGUCCUGGCGCAAGGUCCAGUUCGGCACCUCCGUGACGUGGAUCGGGGCCGAGGUGCGAAUCCUUGGCCCGAGCGAGGCGGAGCAGUUUCUCGCGGUCACGGUGGUCCCCGUCGCUCGCUUGAGGAAGCUGGCGGGCCGGGCGGCCUGGGCGGGCGGGAUUCUCCCGUACCUCAAGAGCAUGGUCGCGCCGCUGUGGGCGGCCAUCACGGAGGUGUCGACGUCUGCGCGUCCAGGAGCGGCCCCUGCGGGGGUGCCGCGCCCGCGGGUGGCACACGCUCUCCGCUGGCUCACGGCUUUCGCCAAGCGACAGAGGGGGGCCCUGUCGCGCACGUACUGCGUGGGCCAGUACCGCCAGAGGGUGGCGGUCAACCUGGUCUUCGACGCCUCGCCAUGGGGAUAUGGCGGGUAUAUAGUCGUGCGCGGGCAGGUCUUGUCCUGGUUCGCGGAGGCGGUAACCGCGGAGGACGUGGUGCGCCUUGGGAUCCGCGUGGGGGACUCGCGUUUCCAGGCCCUCCUCGAGACGCUGGCCAUCCUCAUCGGGGUCCGCGAGUGGCUCCCUGCGUGGAAGGACGAGAGGGCCGCCGUCGUGUUGAGGGGCGACUCUCAGGCCGCCUUGGGGGCGACCGCGAACCUGAAGUCGGCGAGCCCCGCCCUCAACGCUGUGGUCAGGGAGCUCUCGCUGGACUUGGCCGAAGGCCGGUACCAGGUGGACGUGGUCGCGCUCCUGGCGGGCAAGGACAAUGCCUGGGCCGACGCGCUGUCGCGCCUGCACGAGCCGGGCGGGGCUGCCGAAGUGCCGCGGGCGCUCCUGGCACGACCCCGCACGCGCCCAGCGAAGCGAGACGGCACGUGGUGGGAAACCAUGGGCGGCCCCGAACUGGAGCGUUCGGAUGGGCGUUAA